ACACAAUGAAGUGGUCGUCUGCCCUCCUCGCCGCCUCGUGCGGACUGGUGGCCGCACAUGGCGACCUCCCCGUCCCCAAGCUCGUGGGAGCCAGGAAGUUCCUGUCUGAGAUGAAGGCUCACCGCGAGCCUAUCUUCCCACAGCCCCGGAACGCCGAACGCAAACAACAUGAGCACGUCCAGAGACAAGGAAACCACGACAAGCGCCAGAACAUCAACGGCAAAUGUGGUCCGAGAGAUGGUAGCUGCGCCGUUGGCUACUGCUGCUCUGAUGCUGGAUGGUGCGGCCUAGGUGACGAAUACUGCCCAGCUCCCGACUGCCAGAUCAACUAUGGUCCUGGCUGUGAUGCGAACCAAAAGCCGUCCGGGGUUGAUACCUCGUCAGUACCUCGCCCCAAGCUUGGGAAUGUUCUUGUUAGCGGUGUCGGUAUCUAUGACUGCGAGGAGGCUGGUGACAUUGCGAUCACCUUCGAUGACGGGCCAUAUAUCUACACGAAUGAUUUGCUCGACAAGCUUGCGAGUUACGGAGCAAAGGCUACGUUCUUUAUUACCGGAAAUAAUAUCGGAAAGGGGAUGAUCAACGACCCCUCCACUGGCUAUCCGGCCGUUAUCAAGCGAAUGCACGCCGAAGGUCAUCAAAUCGCCAGUCAUACCUGGUCACACCAAAACGCCAGCCAGUUGACAAACAAUCAGUUCACGAAUCAAAUAGUCUGGAACGAGAUCGCCCUCAACUCAAUUCUGGGCUUCUUCCCCGCCUAUAUGCGCCCCCCCUAUUCGGUCUGUGACAAGACUUGCCAGGACAUCCUCCGAGUCUUAGGUUACCACAUCAUCUACUUUGAUCUGGACACCGAAGGGUACCUGAUGGACGACCCCAAACUCAUCCAGAACAGCAAAAACAUCUGGGACAAGGCCAUCGACAAGUCCCACCCCGCCACUGACAACUUCCUCCACAUCGAGCACGACAUCCACUACCAGAGCGUGUACAACCUGACCGACUACUUCCUCGCCUCGCUCUUCAAGCACGGCUACAGGUCCGUCACAGUCGGGCAAUGCCUGGGCGAUCCGCAAUCGAACUGGUAUCGCGCUGGUCCCGGAGGAACGACAAUACCCAGCGCGGGACCCACCUCGACCAGACCGGGAACGACGACGCGGCGUCCGACGGCAACUAGCACCGCUCGCCAGAGCACCUCAACGGCCCUGCCAACUGAUACGCCCAUCAGGUCCAGAAUCUCCAAGGACGGCUCCUGUGGCAUGGAUAGUGGCCGCUACACGUGCGCUGGAAGCUCGUUCGGGCAGUGCUGUAAUCUCGACGGCGAGUGUGUCGAUACUACCCUGGGCUGUCUUUCUAUCUUGGGUUGCCAACCAGACUACGGGACCUGCAUUUGAGAUAUCGGGAUCGGGACCGGGGGAAAGCAUGCCGUACGUAGAUUCCUGCAUGUUAUAUAUUUCGAGACAUCUUGUUCUCUCUGGACAACAGACCAGGUACUGGUCAUUGUCAGCUCCUUUAUGCAAGCCACACGGGUUAGAG